AUGCAGGAUUCGAAACCCAACCCCGAGGCACGGCUGCAGCUCGCGGCGCGCCAGGAGCCGGGCGCGCGGAACCGGGACCCCACGUGGGACUCGCUCGAGGACCCCGCGCAGCUGCCCCGCCGAGUCCUGCCGCAGCCGCCCUUCCGGGUCCGGAACGGCUCGGAGCCACGCGGGCCCACCCCAGGGAGUGCCCGGUGCAGCGGGGAGGCGCGACGCCGGCCACUGUCCACCGCCCGCAGCAUCGCGGUGUUGGAGCUCAUCUGCGACGUGCACAACCCGGGCCAGGACCUGGUGAUCCACCGUACCUCGGUGCCCGCCCCUCUCCACAGCUGCCUGCUCAAAGUUGGCUCAAAAACAGAAGUUGCUGAGUGCAAGGAGAAAUUUGCCACCUCCAAGGACCCCACGGUCAGUCAGACUUUCAUGUUGGAUAGGGUGUUCAACCCCGAGGGGAAAGCAUUGCCACCGAUGAGAGGAUUCAAAUACACCAGCUGGUCCCCCAUGGGUUGUGAUGCCAAUGGCAGGUGCCUCUUGGCAGCACUGACUAUGGACAAUCGCUUGACCAUCCAGGCUAACCUCAACAGACUCCAGUGGGUCCAGCUGGUCGAUCUGACUGAAAUCUAUGGAGAACGUCUUUAUGAGACCAGUUACAGGCUCUCUAAAAAUGAGGCCCCAGAAGGAAAUCUCGGAGAUUUUGCUGAGUUUCAAAGGAGACAUAGCAUGCAGACCCCGGUCAGGAUGGAGUGGUCGGGCAUUUGUACCACUCAACAAGUCAAGCAUAACAACGAAUGCCGGGACGUUGGCAGUGUGCUCCUGGCCGUCCUCUUUGAAAACGGGAAUAUCGCCGUGUGGCAAUUUCAGCUACCAUUUGUAGGAAAGGAAUCCAUCUCUUCGUGCAACACAAUUGAGUCAGGAAUCAACUCUCCUAGUGUUUUGUUUUGGUGGGAAUAUGAGCACAAUAAUCGGAAGAUGAGUGGCCUUAUUGUAGGGAGUGCAUUUGGACCUGUAAAAAUUCUACCUGUCAAUCUCAAAGCAGUCAAAGGCUAUUUCACUUUACGGCAGCCUGUUGUCUUGUGGAAGGAAAUGGACCAGUUGCCUGUGCACAGCAUCAAGUGUGUACCACUUUAUCAUCCUUACCAGAAGUGUAGUUGUAGCUUAGUAGUGGCUGCAAGAGGCUCUUAUGUGUUUUGGUGUCUUCUUCUGAUCUCCAAGGCAGGGCUGAAUGUUCACAAUUCCCAUGUCACAGGCCUUCACUCACUGCCAAUUGUCUCCAUGACUGCAGACAAACAGAAUGGAACAGUAUAUACUUGCUCCAGUGAUGGGAAGGUGAGGCAGUUGAUUCAUUUCACAGAUGUUGCAUUAAAGUUUGAACACCAGUUGAUUAAGCUAUCAGAUGUGUUUGGCUCGGUGAGGACUCACGGGAUAGCAGUGAGUCCCUGCGGGGCGUAUCUAGCCAUCAUUACAACUGAGGGCAUGGUCAAUGGCCUCCACCCUGUUAACAAGAACUACCAGGUCCAGUUUGUUACUCUCAAAACCUUUGAAGAGGCAGCUGCUCAGCUCCUGGAAUCGUCAGUUCAAAAUCUUUUUAAGCAGGUAGAUUUAAUAGACCUAGUACGCUGGAAGAUUUUAAAAGAUAAACAUAUCCCUCAGUUUUUACAUGAAGCCUUAGAAAAAAAGAUUGAAAGCAGCGGGGUCACCUAUUUUUGGCGUUUCAAGCUUUUCCUCCUGAGGAUUUUGUAUCAGUCAAUGCAGAAAACCCCUUCAGAAGCCUUGUGGAAACCUGCCCAUGAGGACUCAAAAAUCUUCCUGGUUGACUCGCCUGAGCGAGGCAAUGCCGAGGAUGAGCAACACGAAGAAGGAACUUCUUCCAAACAGGUGACUAAGCAAGGCCUGCCGGAGAGGAGCCGGAGCAGCGAGGUAGAGGAGCCCGCUGAUGACCCCCAGGCUGGGGAUGCCGGAGGCCGCGAGCCCGUGGAAGAGAAACUCCUGGAAAUCCAAGGGAAAAUUGAAGCCGUGGAGAUGCACUUGACCAGGGAACACAUGAAGCGAGUCUUGGGAGAAGUCUAUCUGCACACGUGGAUCACAGAAAACACCAGCAUCCCGACCAGAGGACUCUGUAACUUCUUAAUGUCUGAUGAAGAAUAUGAUGACAGAACAGCACGGGUGCUGAUUGGACAUAUCUCAAAGAAGAUGAACAAGCAAACUUUCCCUGAGCACUGUAGUUUAUGCAAAGAGAUCUUGCCAUUCACAGAUCGCAAACAGGCAGUCUGUUCCAAUGGCCACAUUUGGCUCCGGUGCUUUUUAACCUACCAGUCCUGCCAGAGUUUGAUAUACAGACGGUGUUUGCUCCAUGACAGCAUUGCCCGGCAUCCAGCUCCAGAAGAUCCUGACUGGAUUAAGAGGUUACUGCAAAGCCCCUGUCCUUUCUGUGAUUCUCCUGUCUUCUAAAUCUCGGUGGUGGGAAGAUGGAAUGGCAUGAACUCUACUACAGAAAAUACCCUAGCCUAAAGUAGGGAUGUGCUGGAGGAAACCUGGUCCUCCCUGAUGGUAAAGAGGGCCCUGGAAGUUCACUUCUGAAGGGCACUCUGCAUCUCCAGGGACUAAAGGAUACCUUUUAAAUGAGUAAAUGCAGAGAGUUUGCCUCGUUCUGAAAUGAGUAUUAGCCCCAGCUCAUACUCAACGAAGAACACUUAUUUUUCAAGUGUCUUAACUGAAGCAAUUUGAACAAAAUAGUCUGUCAUGUCUAGGAACAGAAUGGUCUCUUCUGGAGAGUUUUGAUAAGGAGCUUGCUGAAGUGAGUUAGGUUUUAUUCCUUCUUUGGUCAGGAACUGCCCAUGGCUCCAGAGAACUUAAAUUGCCUAGUAUAUGGCAUUUGAUAUCCCAACAUAUUAAAAAUGUAAAAAUUUCUAAAAAGGUGUAGGCUGUUGUUUUCUUUUCAGAAAAUAACCUCAGAUCUGUAUCCCAUCCAUUCUUGUUUUUCAUGAUUUUGGAAAAUGUUUUCCUAAAACUCUUUAUAUUUUUUAAGAAGUUGAAGCCAAGACUAAAGUUUAGUGUGUCAAAUGACCAGGUGACUAUUAUAAGUUAAUAAUUGUAAACGACUUGUUUUUCUAUUU